CAUUCUACUUCUUGGAGAAGAAGACAUUAUUAUCGUCAAUACACGACCGGUGGACCGGGAGUUACGCUGCAAAAGACCUAAAAACUAAUCAACUGUCCUAUUAAAGAGACCACGAUUAAAAAGUUGGAAUUCCAUAGAAGGAACAAGUACAUGUGAUUUGACACAGUUAUCGUGAGCUGACCAUUGACAUAGGACACUGGAAGUUUGGAACACGCGAUGAUACUUUUAAAGUUGAGAUAUCUUUCCUGUAUUGUGUUUCUUAUCGUAGAAACAUUCACGCAAGAACUCUCUCAGGUCGGGCGACCCCUAGCUCCUGCAACUUCCGAUCCACCCACUGAUGGAGGAAAACGCAUAUGGAUGGACAAUACCACACUACUUCCGGCAAGUCAAGUGCAUGCCUUUAAGGUUUACAUGCACCAAGACGUGCCGGAGGACCAGCCCCUAGGAGCAAUCUUGCAACUGUGGGAGGUCGUCGAUCCGGCAACUCAAUCAAAAGGCCCUGUCGCCAAACUGGUUUACGCCAAAGAUGUCGAGCUGCCCAGAACUGAAGGGGAACAUACGGUAACACUUGACGAUAAACCAAUUGUAAAGGCGGGAACAAGGAUAGGAUGGACUUUGAAGCAAGAGAGCUUCCCUUUCAGUUUUUUCCUUGAUCCUAAUAGAUUUACGUAUUAUAAAAAACUGGAAGGGGACGCCGUUCCCUCAGUUGAAAGCGCCUAUGAGUUUGAUAAACUGCCCUUCAAUGCUUGGAUGUCAGUAGCUGUUCUGCUAAGUACAGAUAUUAAUGAAUGCCUGAUCAAGAAUGGAGGAUGUAUGCAUCUCUGUAACAACACUGCAGAGGGACCCAUCUGUUCCUGCCUUGGUGGCUAUGACCUCAGUAUGGAUACUAAAGAGUGUAUAGAUAUUGACGAGUGUUUAACAGAGUGCCCCUAUCCCAGAGGAUUAUGCUUCAAUAACCCCGGCAGCUACAACUGCAUGUGGUGGAGGCUUUCGGCAAGUCAAACAGGCACCAAUCCACAUGAUGUUCAGAUACAACCUCUCGUGCAGGAUAACUCUAUGGUCAUAUGGAUGGUAGCGUUAACUAUUAUAGUCGCCAUCUUAGCGCUCUGUAAACUUACUCACAUCAGGAACUUUCUCAGAAGACGCCAGUCAAAGCAAUGUAACGAUGAUGACGACGACUGCGCGUCUGACAAAUAUGAUGCGGCGGACGCUAAGAAAGGUGAAAUCAUAUCUGUUGUGCACGUUGACACCACUGGAUUAGAUAAUACAGCGUUCGCAAGCGAUAUAUGA